AUGCAAGCCGAGGAUCCAAAGAUUUAUGCUCUUAGCAGUAGAGUCUCUGCAGUCUUGGCAACUAUACUCGAGUGUUACCUGAAGCCCGGCUACUUAAAGUCAACAGCACUAGCAAACGUGAAAAUCAGAGACCCAGCUAAUUUUCUUCCCUUAGAAGAUAUGUACUUGGGUGGUCAAGUAACUGCAUCACUACACUCGUGCCAUGGUAUCGAGAAACAGGAUCUUACAAACUUCAGGUUAAGAUGUCUUGAUUUUUUUAUUGAGAGUGCAUCACAGCUUCUACACAGAUUUAAUCUGACUGAUCCAUUACUUGAAUCUCUCAAAGCAUUGGAUCCUCAGUGUAUUUUGAAGAAAACCGUCCCAUCCAUUGCCCCAUUAGCAUCACAAUUUCCAAAUCUUGUCCAUGAGAAUGACUUGAACAACAUUGACAAUGAGUGGCGUUUGCUACGGAACACAGAAAUUAAUGUUCAGAGCAACAGUAGUGUUUGGAAGUUUUGGAUGGAAGUAAAGAAAGUUAAGAAAGGUGAUGACACACCCUUGUUUCCAAAGGUGGGAAACUUCAUGACGAAUUUUCUAUGCUUGCCUCAUUCAAGCGCCAGUGUCGAGAGAGUUUCUUCUCAAAUAAAUCUUUUGAAAGCAAAAGCAAGAAAUUCACUUAACACAGACACAUUAAUUGGAAUGCUUCAUGCUAAGAGAACAUUUGAAAAUUCAACAUCAGACAAUUUCAAAAUUACAUCAACACACGUGAACCUGAUGACGGAACACAUAUACGACCAGCAGGAGUAA